AAACGCACCAAUUUAGUGAUUAGGAUUUAAGAGCAAGUUGCCCUUAUGAAAGAGAAAGAGACACAGAGAGAGAAGAUGGUGAUAAAUGAUAAUGAAGAGAUGGUGAUAAAUGAUAAUGAAGAGAAGAUGCAAGACUCCACACAUUUUUAUUUUUAUUUUAAGAGCAAAACUCCACACAUUAACUUCCAACUUCACAUACCUUCCCAUCUGUCUGUCUCUUCUCAUUUCUUCAACAAUCUCUUCAACUCCAACACAACCACAUAAUUCAAUGCAAAUUCCAACUCACCUGCAUCCAUCCAGAUCCCUUUUAUGAUUCCCACGUCUCCGAUUUUACCAUUCCUUCAAUCCGACUCCUUCAAUUCGCCAUAUAAUAUUCACCCCUCAUCAAAUUCCCCCUUCCAUUCCAACCUAACCCCCCAUUUUCUUGCAUGGCUGCAUCUUUCUUCACCACCACUCCGAAUCUAAUUUCACCCAUUCGCUUUUCCGUGCUCAACUCAAAGAACCCACUUCGUUUCUUGAUCGAAAAACCGAAUCUUGACGGAUAAAACUAUAGAUUUUUCUCGUUUUUUUUUUUUUUUACUAUGACAGAGGUGCUGCAGUCACCCUCUUCUUCAUCCUCCACUUCGAUAUCCACGCCCACGCCCAAUCACGCGCUGUUUCAGCCUUAUGGGGGUGAUGAGGUAGGUGCUAGGAUGAGAGGGGGUGACAGAGAGGAGGAGGAGGAAGUGAAAGAUAAUGAGAGGAGGGAUCAGCUAUCCUUUUUGGCAUUGCUGGUUGCUCUGUUUAGGAAGAGCUUUUGGGUGACUUGCAAGACGGGAAGGGAUGGUUUCUCCACCGCCGCCGCCCCCGGCGGAAUGGAGAUCGGGUGGCCCACCGAUGUACAGCAUGUUAAUCAUGUGACUUUUGAUAGGUUUGAUGGUUUCUUGGGUUUGCCUGUUGAGUUCGAGCCUGAGGUUCCCAGGAGGGCUCCAAGUGCUAGUGCUACUGUUUUUGGAGUUUCUACAGAAUCAAUGCAGCUAUCUUAUGAUCACAGAGGCAAUAGUAUUCCUACAAUCCUCUUGCUUAUGCAAAGGCAUUUGUAUUCGCAAGGUGGCCUUCAGGCUGAAGGUGUAUUCAGAAUAACUGCAGGAAACAGCCAGGAGGAGUUUGUUAGGGACCAACUAAACAGAGGUGUGGUUCCAGAAGGGACAGAUGUACACUGUUUGGCAGGUCUAAUCAAGGCUUGGUUCAGAGAACUUCCAAGUGGGCUACUGGACUCUCUUUCACCGGAGCAUGUGAUGCAGUGCCAGUCAGAAGACGACUGUGAUGCGCUCAUAAGGCUUCUACCACCGACAGAAGCUGCUCUGUUGGAUUGGGCAAUCAACCUAAUGGCAGAUGUAGUCCAGCAGGAACUUUUUAAUAAGAUGAAUGCGCACAACAUCGCUAUGGUAUUUGCUCCUAACAUGACACAGAUGUCUGAUCCAUUAACGGCGUUGAUGUAUGCUGUACAAGUCAUCAAAUUCCUAAAGACUCUUAUAGAGAAGACUCUACGAGAGAGGGAAGAUUCGGUCAUAGAGCCAUCUUCUGUUCCCCAUACGGAGUCUUCUGAUGACAACGGGAACCAGAGCUCUUCAACGCUGUAUCACGACAGUCGGGCUGAAUCAAAUGGAGAAACAGUACACGAUUUUGUGGCGGAGGAUCCUGGUUCAGACACUGACUGGGAGACGAGCCAAGUGGAGAACGUCAGUGAUGAGGACUAUCACAGCUAUUCGACUUGCACAGAAGAAUCCGAAGAAAGUGUCUCUUGUGGGGGCCAUGGAGCAAGAACGCGUGUUCAGAAUCGGGCUGGGGAGAGCACGAGGAGGCGAGCAGGCGAGUCGAGUAAAUCGCAGUCUGCAAAGAUGGAUAGCAAGAGCAAAGGAAGCAGCAACUUGAGCCGUAUUAACUCUAUGGCUGAAUGGUUUGAAGGUUGGCGCUAGACCAAUACUCUUUAUCUCAUCUUAUGUCUAAAUUGUGUAUGAUUUUAACUAGUUACUAUUUAGUGCUUGUUAAUUAUUA